CUCGCAGCUGGGCUGGCCUGGCCGGGCUCCAGAGGCGCUGAGGGGGUUAACGGAGCGGCGGGCGGCAGCAGGCGGCGGGCGGGGAGCGGGGAGCCCAGUUCCGCCCAGUCUGUCUGACAGCUAUAAAGGCAGCCGUGGUGCAGCUGCCGCCACCGGGCCGGCUUGCUUCCCCGGGAAGCCCUCCGGUGCUUUGAAGUGGGGCUGGGCUGCCCACACACCUGGCCUGCCCACCCCGGGCCUCCUCCUCCUCCUGGACAACAACCUGCUGACCCUGGGCCAGGAUGGACUCCCUAUGCUGGGCCUGGUUCCUGCUGGUGGAGGUCUUCAUGGCAGGGGGUGCCGCAGCAAGUGGGAGUGCACUCCCCACCCAGGACAACAGACUGGAGGGGACCACUGAGGCUGCGACCUCCUGGUGGGGGGAGUGGACCAAGUGGACGGCGUGUUCCCGUAGCUGUGGGGCCGGGGUCACCUCUCAGGAGAGACACUGCCUUCAGCAGAGGAAGGCCUCGGGCAUGGGAGGUGGGAACAGGACCUGUGAGGGGACAUCCAAGCGGUACCAACUGUGCCAUGUCCAGGAGUGCCCGGCUGAUGGCAGGAGUUUCCGGGAGCAGCAGUGCAGUGCCUUUGAUGCCCGCGUGUACAACGGCCGCACUCACCAGUGGAAGCCCCUGUACCCCGAUGACUACAUCCACAUCUCCAGCAAGCCCUGUGACCUGCACUGCACCACCAGAGACAGCCAGCGGCAGCUCAUGGUGCCAGCGCGGGAUGGCACCUCCUGCAAACUCACGGCCGUGCGAGGGGUCUGCGUGUCUGGAAAAUGUGAGCCCAUCGGCUGUGACGGGGCACUUUUCUCCACCCACACGCUGGACAAGUGCGGCGUCUGCCAGGGAGAUGGGAGCAGCUGCACCCACGUGACGGGCAACUACCGCAAGGGAACCCCGCACCUUGGCUACUCCCUGGUCACCCACAUCCCAGCGGGUGCCCGAGACAUCCAGAUCGUGGAGCGGAAGAAAUCUGCAGAUGUCCUGGCCCUGGCAGACGAAGCGGGUUCCUACUUCUUCAACGGCAACUUCCAGGUAGACAGUCCCAAGAACUUCAACAUCGCGGGCACUGUGGUCAAGUACCGGAGGCCCAUGGAUGUCUACGAGACGGGCAUCGAGUACAUCGUGGCCCAGGGGCCCACCAACCAGGCGCUGAACGUCAUGGUAUGGAACCAGAAUGGCAAGAGCCCGUCCAUCACCUUCGAGUACACGCUGGUGCAGCCCCAGCCUGCUGGCUACUAUGGCUUCCCUCCCACCUCGGCUGACAGCCAGGAGCUGCCCGGACCACCAUUGGCCGCUCUACUCAGCCACAACAGCUCCUAUGGUCCGGGUGCCUCUGAGCCACUGCUGGGCCUGCCAGGCCCUAGCCUGGGACUGGCUGUGAGCAGGGGCCCUGAGAGCAACGAACUAUGUCCACUGGCCGGUGGGGGGUCCUGUGAAGAGCCCCCCAGGGGCAAAGGCAUCCGAGUCGGCAACAGUACUGGACCUGCUGCCGCAGGGGAACAGGAUGACCAGGAGGCCAUCUCCCGUGACCCCUCACAGGCGCCUCCCUCGGCCAAUGCCAUCUCCGAUCAGCUCCAGGCUGCGGGCUCCAGUUCAUCCGAAUUGGUGUCCAAUGACACGGCGAACAGCAUUUUCGUGCAGAGCGUGCCAAAGAGCAGUCUCCUGGGGGACAGGGACAGCCUUGAGGGUGGCGAGGGCGUUGGCAUCUACCUGGAGCUGAGCACUGAUCGUGUGAGCAACUCUUCCUCCGAGGCCCUGUUUCCCAACAGCAGCCUCCCUGCCUCAACCGGAAACAGAACGCAGAAGGCCAGGCCCAGGCCCACGGGGCGCCGGCCAGGCGUGAGCCCGGCUGACAUGUACCGCUGGAAACUUUCAUCCCAGGAGCCAUGUAGCGCCACCUGCACCACAGGAGUCAUGUCGACCUACGCCAUGUGUGUCCGCUACGAUGGCAUUGAGGUGGAUGACAGCUACUGUGAUGCCCUGACACGCCCUGAGCCAGUGCAGGAGUUUUGUGUGGGGAGAGAGUGCCAGCCCAGGUGGGAGACGAGCAGCUGGAGCGAGUGCUCGCGCACCUGCGGGGAAGGCUUCCAGGUGCGUAUUGUGCGCUGCUGGAAGAUGCUGUCGCCGGGCCUAGACAGCUCUGUAUACAGUGACCUUUGCGAAGCAGCCGAAGCCGUGCGGCCAGAGGAGCGCAAGACCUGCCGCAACCCGGCCUGCGGGCCCCAGUGGGAGAUGUCCGAAUGGUCUGAGUGCACAGCCAAGUGUGGGGAACAGAGCGUGGUGACCAGACACAUUCGCUGCUCAGAGGAUGAGAAACUGUGCGAUGCCAACACCAGGCCCGUUGCUGAGAAGGGGUGCACGGGCCCCCCCUGUGACCGCCAAUGGACGGUCUCUGACUGGGGCCCGUGCAGCGGCGGCUGCGGGCAGGGCCGGACCAUCAGGCAGGUUUACUGCAAGACAGCAGAGGGCCGUGUGGUGCCUGAGUCGCAGUGCCAGGCGGACGCCAAGCCUCUGGCCAUCCACCCUUGCGGGGACAAGAACUGCCCUGCUCACUGGCUGGCCCAGGACUGGGAGCGGUGCAACACCACCUGCGGCCGGGGCGUGAAGAGGCGCCUAGUGCUGUGCAUGCAACUGGCCAACGGGAAGCCACAGGCGCGCAGUGGCUCUGAGUGUGGCCUGGCACAAAAGCCGGCUGAGGAGAGCACGUGCUUUGAGAGGCCCUGCUUCAAGUGGUACACGAGCCCCUGGUCUGAGUGUACCAAGACCUGCGGGGUGGGCGUGCGCAUGCGAGAUGUGAAGUGCUACCAGGGGGCUGACAUCGUGCGAGGCUGCGAUCCCCUGGUGAAGCCAGUGGGCAGACAAGCAUGCGACCUACAGCCCUGCCCCACAGAGCCUCCAGAUGACAGCUGCCAGGACCAGCCAGGCACCAACUGCGCCCUGGCCAUCAAGGUGAACCUCUGCAGCCAUUGGUACUACAGCAAAGCCUGCUGUCGCUCCUGCCGGCCCCCGCACUAGGUGCCUGGGACCUCCAGGGACACUUUUUCUCUUGAAGAUGCCACCGAGGACCGGCCUCCCCCCAGAAAGGGGAGCCCCCCAGGAUCCGAGUCCUGACCAGCAGUUUGCCAGGGGUGGCGGGUUCCAGCCCCGCCAGUGGGCCUGUUGGGAUGCGGGUUUCGGAGGAGCUGAGUCCCCGCUCCCUGCAGUGCUGCCUUCCAUGUGCCAAUAAAGUGUUUUGGGGGG